AUGGAGCACUCAGAGUUCAAGUCGGCCGCUGUUCACCCAGACGGCGUCGCCGUCACCGUGGCGCCCGCCCGCGGGUCGCCGCUCGGCGUCGGCGACACCAACCGCCCCACCGCGGUGGAGCACCUGCGCGGCGGCAACGGCGGCCGCGGCGGCGGCGUGAACGGGCACGGUGCGAGCCUGAACGGGCUGAACGGCCAUGCGGUGGCCCUGAACGGCCUGAAUGGCCACGCUGUGAGCCUCAACGGGCUCAAUGCGGCCAGCAGCAGCCUCCACGGCUUCAACGGCCACACCCACAGCAACGGCAAUGGGCACCUCAACGGGAACGCCCACGCCAAUGGCCACGCAAACGGCAACGGCCACGCAAACGGCAACGGCCACGCAAACGGCAACGGCCACGCAAACGGCAGCGGCAACGGGGCGAUGCAUGCAGGGCCCGCCAAAGGCACGGCCGCGGGCGGCAACGGCGUCGGCAAGCCCGCGGCUUCGCGGCAGCUGCGCGCCCGCCUGGUGCUGGACUGCAUGGGCCAUUACUCAUCCAUCGUGAAGCAGAUCAGGGGCCGCGCCAAGCCCGAGGGCAUGUGUCUGGUGGUCGGCGGCUGCGCGGACGGCUUCCCUGCCGAGAAGAACACCACUGCAGACCUUUUGUACAGCUUCACCGACUCUGCAGCUGACAUGCAGCUCUUCUGGGAGGCGUUCCCCGCGGAGUACGGGAAGCCCUCUGACGGCUCCGCGGCCUCCGGCCUGCGCACCACCUACAUGUUCGCCUACACCGACGCUGACCCCUCGCGGCCAGACUUUGAGAAGCUGCUGGACGCCUACUUCCACCUUCUGCCCUCCUACCAGGGCGUCAGCCUUGACUCCCUCAAGUUCAGGCGCGUGCUGUUCGGCGGCUUCCCCUGCUUCAGCGACGGUCCGCUGCGGCCGGGGUUUGACCGCGUGCUGCAGGUCGGGGACGCGGGCGCCAGCCAGAGCCCGCUGUCGUUCGGCGCGGCUUGA